GUCUGGCGGAGGGCUCCGCGCGCCUACACCUUCCGGCCUUGGAGCGGAGCUUUAGUCUCGGACGCCACUUCACAGAAGAGGCACUGGAGGCAUUGUGCUUGGCCCCAUCGCCUUGCUGGUUACCGACCGCACGCUUCCGGUCGCGUGAGGCGCUGCUGGCAUCUGAGAGCCUCGCCGCUUCAGCGACGGAGCCUGUGGCUGCCGCGAUCGCUGCCUGGGCUUCGCAGACACUGAGUCGGCAUCGUUUGCCUCCACGUUACACCGCCGGCUUCGGCACAGCGGAGGUCGGGGCUCCCCUGCCUGUGUUCGUCGAGCACGACCGGAGCCAACAUGCUGAAC